GAGACAGUGAACAGUCCUCUGCAUGAGCAAAGCUCAACAUUUAAGCGAUAGAGAUAAACAGUGAAGCUCAGCUUACUUCCCAUGUUACUGUGACCCGAUCUGGAGUAUCAGAAAACAUGAUUCCUGAAUGUGCCUUACCUUAGAUUAGAUUAUCUUUAAAUUAUACUUUUAUUCGGAGGCCAGGGGUGCCACAAUGCUCUCUUUUAUCUGGUCACUCAUACCCACUUCCUACUUCAUACCAGAGUGGCUGACUCCGGAUACAAACCCACUGGACAGUUUCCUUCAAGGUGAGCUUUUCUUCCAUCCAUUCGCGUUGACAUUUGCAUGACUCAAAGAGAGUGUGAAGUUAGCUACAGUGUGUUAAUGGUUAUAAAUUCAUUCUUUAUGUGACCUGCAGGGCUGGUGGGUGCAUGUGGAAUCUCUGUGUUAUGCUCCCUGAUGAGACUACACUUGUUCCUGGAGGAAGAAAGGUAAUCAAGUUACAAACAGUUAGAUCAGCUCAUCAGAGCUAGAUCAGAAUUUUCCUUCGGGGAUCAAUAAAGUUAUUCUUAUGGUUUUAUCCACAUUUACCGAAACAUGGCUUAUAGUGCUGAUGUAGGUCUUUAUGGCUUACAUUUGUGUCUUACUUGUAGCUGGAGUGACAAAAAUGAUAAAGAAACAAGUCAGAAGACAGCUGCUCAUCACAGGAAACCUCAGCCUGGGUUUACAGGAGUGCUGCACUUCUUUGUAAUAACUGGGCUGCUGGCUGUUGUAGGCUCCCGUGUUGCCUCCCUGGUGGUGCUAGAAUUUUGUCUUCGAGGGAUCUCUGGAUGGGUUACAGCUGGACCAGUAGGAAAAACAUUAUAUGCACAGAGCUCACUUGGUUUACUGCUUUUUCGUCAAAAUGCUUAGGAUUUAUCAUGAAAACAAACAAACAAACAAACAAACUCUAGUCUGUUUCCAUUCACUCUUCACUUUUGUUUAUUUUCCCCCUUUUUUUCAGGAGUCCAGGAAAUUUCUGCAGCAGCUACUAGUUCAAAGCCAGUUCUCUUUAGGCUGCGCACUGAGCUGCAGUUUGUACUUUCUCCACGAGGGGGCAUCCCAGCGCUGGCUGUGUUUACUCCUGGCGGCAGCACUUAGUUGGUACCUGGCCAGACAGGCCACUCGGCUGCUGCACCAUGUCCUGGCUCUGUAUAAACUCCACAGCUCACAGCGCUACUGCGGCAUCUGCAUCGGCCUCCUGACAUCAGGCCGCUGUCUGCUGCCCAUGCUGUGCAGAGCCAUGAUGAUUACCUUCUCUGUAGCAGUGGUGGCUGCCAUAGCAACCAUUAAUAAACACUUCCUCUCGGCUACAGAGGCCCUAAGGUUUUGGACGCCACUAACCAUCUGCUACACACUGCUGGUUGUGUACAUGCAGGGUGAGAAACACCAAUUAAAGGGAUGUUGCACUGCAUUUAUCCAAAUUAAAGUAGGCCACCGAUCCUGAUACCUGAACCUUUGAAUCUGCUAAUAGGCUACAAGUGAUGUAUGACAUUGGAUUUUUGCUUAUAGGCCUAUUUGAUAUGGUGAUAUUUUCAAGCUCAUUGUAUUUUGAGCAAUACUUCUAGGCCAUAAACACCCCUUUUUUCAUAUUUUAGGACUCUUCUGUUAACAAAUUUACCUGUCAGCCUACUCUCAUUGUGAUGGUCUGUUUAAGAUAAAAUUUAAUCCUAUACAGCAGCAGAUGUGCUCUUUUUCAAACAGCCUAAAGACAUUCAAAAGUAUGCUCAAAGCUAGUGUGUAUUUCUCAGCUUGAAUGUGAUGAUGCUUACAGUGACAUGGUUAAAUAGUCUAACAUAGAGAACACAAUGUGGAAAAUAUCAAGCAUACAUUGAGGGAAUUUGGUUUACCCUCCUAGUUUAAGUCAAAAAGUCAUUCAAAAAUCAAGAGGGCAUAAAUCUAGAGAUAAAAACCAAUUCCUUCAAAUUUUUGAAGAGGAGCACCAGAAAUAAUUCAAAGUUUAAAGUGAGCUGAGCAUGCAGACUAACAUUAGGGGCAGCCUUGUUCGCAGCCCCUUGUGACAUCCUGUAUCUGCCAAGAUCAUCCCAGUAACUCUGAUAUAUUUAGUAAAACAGAUCUGCUGAGUAUGGCUCUGACUUAAAAUACUCUCUCUGCUACAAACCUCCUUGAUUUUGGUGAAUUUGAAUCACAUACUGGGUCUUCUUUCUUGCUCUGAAUAAGCUGCUGAUGGCUCAUCAACACCGGCAGCAUCAGUGCAAGCUGCUGUUGUACAGUGGGGCACGAUAAUUGAUUCCCUUUGAAUCAACUUGAUUUUUUUCCAGCGCUGAUCAACCAGACUGGUGCAUUGACCUGUAUGCUGAUGCAAGAUGCCGCGUUAACUGCUGCACUGGAAGCAUUUUAUUACAGCCUACCACUGCGGGUUCUGAAAGAACCCUAAUGAAAUGGAAAUGAUUCAUGUCAGAGAUUAUGUUCUCAGCAGACUCUAAUAAAUCUAGAGAAAUUAUUUAGGGAAGUGAAAGCCUUAAAUGUGUGAUCAUAUUGACUCCUCUCCAGCCUGACCAAAAUUAUUAUUAAUUCAUCACUUUGAAGUGUCCCUCCGGUCUUGUCUGACCACUUAUGUUUCCAUCAUUACUUUAAGCAUCCUGAUGGUUUUACACUUCGACAGACCCAUCACAAGCUGGAAACAUUUUCAUUCAAUAAUCUCCUUUAACAUGUUGUCUCUUGUCCUUGUAGAGGACCAGCACCGUCAGCCAGGCAGCCAGACUGUCCUGAAUACAGUCACGGUGCGUCUUGGCGGUUUGAUGGUCCUGAUGCUGACAGUUGGACGCUGGGCGGACGUGAUACACAUCCUGAUGUGUUUCCUUGGGGAGGCCAGCUGUCUUAUCCCCACAAUGGAUCUGCUGGAUUGUGCAUCCUCACAGGUCAGUUAGUCUCCCAGGAAGCUGUGCGCAAGGCCGAGAGCACUUUUUAUCCAUCGGGAGACCAAAACUGGGGCAGAAUAUCAAAGAGUUCAUUAGACCGGGUCCCAAGAUGAGACCUAACUUCUCAAACUUGUGUCCCAGGUGGAGGAGGUUUAAGAUCCACCAGACAGAUUCAGGUCAAAGUAUUCUCUGAUUCAGAGUUCUGAGCCUAUUUUUCCUUUUACUGAGCAAGCAUGGCUUCAUUGUUCUGUUUCAAACAAAGGCAGGGAGGAAAAGUUUCAUUAUUUUUUGGCUUUAAAAGGAGGCUUUAGAAAUAUUUAAUCUUAAUAAAACGGAUCUUAUAUUAUCUUUGCAACAAGUUUGUAGCAUAAAUUGUUCAAAACCCAACUAAAAUGCUCAUAGUAUUGACAGUGGUUGUUUAAAUAGAUAAUCAUCACAUGAUAAGAACUCAGAGACUCAUUUUGACCGCUGUUUUACAUAUGCUUCACACUCUAAUAACAUUUUACAUAUUGUGUAUUUGUAUUUUGCUUGUAGGAUGAAGAGGACUACACUAACUAUGUAAAUAGAAAGCGUCAAAGAAGACCAGAAGCUCAAAACAAGGUCCAACAAAAUUAAUCAGUGUGGAAUUUUAUAACAUAACCUACUCCUUUGGCAGCACUGUGUAGACCAUGUCCUCCAAGGUUUAUGCUGGAAUUUCUUGUGUCAUUUUUUAUUUAACAAUAAAAACCUGGUAGGCCCACUGAGCACAUUUUUUAUGAAAAAUGGAUUUACUCGACAAGCUUCCAGCUGUUUAACCACAAUUAAAAGCUAAAGGUUAUCCAACUACUGUGUUAGAUAGAUGUUUUAUAUACCUGCAGGAUAAAAUGCCUUACCUAACUUUCCCAUUGAGAAACUGUUGUGCUUUUUUUUUUUUUUUUCUUUAAACUUUGCAUUAGAAAAUCUUUAAAAUCUA